AUGGCAAGGAAUAUGGACGGGUAUAAGCUAUGGUACUCUGGAGUCGUGAGGGGUAAGAAUGAAGUGGGUAUCUUGGUGGAUAGGGACCUUAGAGAGUCGGUGGUUGAGGUUAGGCGGAUGCAUGACAGACUAAUGUUUAUUAAGUUGAUGAUUGGUGAGUGCACCUUCAAUGUCCUUAGCGAUUAUGCGCCGCAAGCGGGCUUGGAUGAGGAGGUUAAAAGGCGCUUCUGGGAGAGUUUGGAUGAGGUUGUGCGUAGUAUUCCACCCACUGAGAGGUUAUUUAUCGGAGGGGAUUUCAAUGGCCACAUUGGUCGGUUGCUGGUGACUAUGGCGAGGUGCAUGGUGGCUUCGGCUUUGGGGUUAGGAAUGGAGGAGAUUGAUUACCUCCUCCUCAGAAGGUGUGAUAGAGGGUUGUGCAAGGAUUGCAAGGUUGUCCCGGGUGAGACCCUCGUGACCCAGCAUAGGCUCUUGGUAAUGGAUGUCGGUAUUAUGAUAAGGAGGAAGAAGAGGUAUGCUCGUGGUCAACCGAGGAUCAGGUGGGGAGCCUUACCUAAGGAUAAAGCCCAGGAGUUGGAGGGGAGGUUAUUGGCUAUGGGAGCAUGGAAGAGUAGUGAGGACGCCAGUGCUAUGUGGGCUACGACGGCGAACUGUGUUAGGGAGGCGGCGAAAGAGGUGCUAGGGAUUUCGAAGGGUCACUCUGGCAGGCACCAAGGCGACUGGUGA